CUGUUAUUAUUUGUUUUCUUCAAGAAAGUGAUUAUGGGUAAACGAAAACGUUCAAGAUCGAGAUCUAGAAGCGAAAUACAAAGAAAAGUGAAAAAAUUGGAACGGAAACUGGAAAAAUAUAAAAAACAUGCUUCAAGAUCAUCAUCGUCGGAAACUGUUGAUAAUCCAGAAAGACAAUGGACAACGGAUGAAUUCGAAAACACAGAUAAUUUCACAAAUCCAGACGACAUCAUCACCUUAGAAGAUGAGGAACCUUUACCUGGCCCAUCAGGACUGCCAACCCCGCCAGCGGCCACUGCAUCACAUACAUCCAACAAUGAAGAACUCAUUAACGAAGGUCAGUCGGUGGACGAACCCUCUGCUUUGGAUCCUGAAAUCCUUCAAAUAUUAGGCGAUGAUCCUAACAAUCUAAAGGAGUAUGGCGAACUUCUUCAUAAAGACUUAGCAUCAAGGUGGUCGCAUAUAGUAAUGAACGGAUUAGACAAAGAAAUUAAGCAGGAACUUUUAAAAAAGUACCUUACACCUGAAAAUUGUAAAAACCUAAAAGCACCUAAACUUAAUUUGGAAGUUAAAGCUGCACUGAAUGACUUCAGCAUAAAGAAGGAUUCCUAUAAUCAGACGAAGCAAAAUCAGCUGUCGAGCGCACUUGCCGCUAUAGGAUCAGCCUUAAAUAUGAUACUUACAUCAAAAGAUUCGUCAAACCAAACAAACUCCGACAAUCCAAACUCAUCGGGGAGCUUUAAACGCGAGGGGGACGACGCGGGUACCUGUCGGCGGGACGCGUCGAAAUCCCACACCUCGGAGGCCGGCGCAGGCACCAGUGCGAGAACAACAAUACUCGCAGCACACAUCCAACCCCGCUACGGCGACGCGGAAUUACAACUCGCGUGCACGAACGACGACGCGGAGGCGAUAGUAAAUGAUCAGACAGUGCCACCCGUUGCAUGCAGACCUUAUCCUGGUGGCAGCGAAAUUAUCAGGACGGCGCUAGUCAACUCCGACCUGGAGCCUGUCAACCAUUAA